CCUUCGCCCAUGCAGCACCACACACACUCUCUAACACACUCACACUCUCUCAUGGCGAGCAGAAGGGACGCCGUCUCUGUUAUGGACUGACGGAAGCUCUGCUUUCCUUCUAGCAUUCUUUCGAUACCCAUGAAUUCACUAGCGUAAAGAGGCGUGAGUCUCCACACUCUUCCGCCUAAAGGGGUUAAAUAAAGGAAACCUCACCAUGAACAGUAUGAGCAGUUGCGGCUUCCUGAAUAUGGCGACGACAGGAGAUUUUGACCCGCUCAACGCCACUAUUCCUGCUACAAAAGUUGAGAUUACAGUCUCGUGCAGAAACCUGCUUGACAGGGAUACGUUUUCCAAAUCAGAUCCAAUCUGUGUGCUGUACACCCAAGGCAUUGGCAACAAAGAGUGGCGAGAGUCUGGGCGGACAGAAGUUAUCGAUAACACUUUGAACCCAGAUUUUGUGCGCAAAUUCAUAUUGGACUACUUCUUUGAAGAAAGACAGAACAUAAGGUUUGAUCUGUAUGAUGUUGACUCCAAGAGCUCUAACCUCUCAAAACAUGAUUUCCUUGGCCAGGCCUUCUGUUCAUUGGGAGAGGUGGUGGGUUCACAGGGUAGUCGCAUGGAGAAAAAUCUUGGGGGGAUUCCAGGGAAGAAAUGUGGGAAAAUUAUUGUGAAGGCUGAGGAGCUUAGCAACUGCAGGGAGUCUGUGAUGAUGCAAUUUUGUGGCAACAAGCUGGACAAAAAGGACUUCUUUGGCAAAUCAGACCCGUUCUUAGUGUUUUAUCGUAGUAAUGAGGAUGGAACAUUUACCAUUUGUCAUAAGACAGAGGUGGUGAAAAACACACUAAACCCUGUGUGGCAAGCCUUCAAAAUCCCCGUCAGAGCUCUGUGCAAUGGCGAUUAUGACAGAACGAUCAAGGUUGAAGUGUAUGACUGGGAUCGUGAUGGCAGCCAUGACUUCAUUGGAGAAUUCAGCACAAGCUAUAGAGAACUGUCAAGAGGCCAGUCACAAUUUAACGUGUAUGAGGUCAUAAACCCUAAGAAGAAAGACAAGAAGAAAAAAUAUCUCAACUCUGGAACCGUGACACUGCUAUCAUUUCUCGUUGAUACUGAAGUCACCUUCCUGGACUACAUCAAAGGCGGGACUCAGAUUAAUUUCACAGUGGCGAUUGAUUUCACAGCGUCUAACGGCAACCCAGCCCAGCCCACUUCCCUUCAUUACAUGAGUCCCUAUCAGCUCAACGCCUACGCCAUGGCACUCAAAGCUGUGGGGGAGAUCAUACAGGACUAUGACAGCGACAAGAUGUUCCCUGCACUGGGCUUCGGAGCCAAACUGCCUCCUGAUGGGAGAAUAUCCCAUGAGUUUGCCCUGAAUGGAAACCCUCAGAAUCCAUAUUGCAAUGGCAUUGAUGGAGUCAUGGAAGCAUAUUACCAGAGUCUAAAGUCCGUCCAGCUCUACGGUCCCACCAACUUCUCGCCUGUCAUCAACCAUGUAGCCAGAUACGCAGCUUCAGUAAAGGACGGAUCACAGUACUUUGUCCUGCUCAUCAUCACGGAUGGAGUGAUAUCAGAUAUGGCCCAGACAAAGGAGUCCAUCGUUAAUGCUGCAUGUCUUCCCAUGUCAAUUAUUAUCGUUGGAGUUGGACCAGCCGAGUUUGAUGCCAUGAUCGAGUUGGAUGGUGAUGAAGUCAGAAUCUCAUCGAGGGGCAGAUAUGCUGAGAGAGACAUCGUACAGUUUGUUCCAUUCAGAGACUACAUCGAUCGCACUGGGAAUCACAUUCUCAGCAUGGCCCGCCUGGCCAAAGAUGUUCUUGCUGAGAUCCCAGACCAGUUCCUAUCCUAUAUGAGGACCAGAGGCAUCAAGCCAUCUCCCGCUCCCCCUCCGUACACACCGCCAGGACACCCGCUGCAAACUCAGAUCUGAAAUGGGCCCAGGAGCGAGCCUUGCAGUAUCUCAGUAUCUCUCUCUCAAAUCACUCAGUGAGGUGAAGGUUUCCUCUGCUCUCAGCUCUUUCUGUCCCUUUCUCUUUGCACUAUGGGAGCUGUAGAUGGAUGCUAUGGUUAGACAGGGUUCUGAGGACAGGUUUACUUCCAUUACAGGCAUUCUCUGUCAGGAUGUCUCUUAGUUUCUCUCUCUGUCUCUCAAUGCCUGGCUAGCUUAUUUCUGAGCCAUGUUAUAGAAUGAACAUCAUGUUUCUGGCUCACCAUGAAAAUAAGGAUGAAGUUGUAUGAAGGAAAGACUAAAAAUGAGCUGACAAUGUUGCGCCAUGUCUCAGAACAGCAGAGCAGCUUCCUUUUCCUCGGACUGGGAAAAGGCUAACAAAUCACCAGUCUCAAAUGGACUGUUGUACAUAAAUUUGACUUCUUCCGUCAUGUCUUAUCUCUUCCUUCUCUUUCUUCUCUGAGCACUCACUCAAUGUUUACAUGUUAAUGAUUUUCUUACUGUUGGAUCUAACUUUUAUAAGUGUAUAUCUUUAACAUGAACUUUGCCGUACAAAUCCUUGCAGCAUGUUAUCUUUGCCAUGCCCAUGAGGUCGCAGCAGCUGGUGUCAUCGCGGAAAACCACAUUUCUUGCAUGGAAAUGGUGUGCUCAGGCAUGCGAUGCAUGUUGUGCAACAUUCAUGUUAUUUGGCCUCUUCUUGUUCUCUCUUUCUCUCACUCACCUUCUCCUCCUUUCUUUUUUUUCUUUUUUUUUUUUUUUUUUGCCCUGGCACAAGCACAAUAGACGGGCACCUCAUUGUGUAUAAAGAACCUCAUAGGACUCAACUUGCUUCAUUACAUUUAAAUUUGAGCAGCUGCUCUCAAAUAAGAGCCCAGUGGUCAAAAACACAGAUGCCAUUAUUAUUUUCUGUCUUAAAACAUUGUAUGGAUGUUUUGUCAUUUCCUAUUGAUUUGGUGAUGCUGUGUUAUGAUGAAUGAAUCUACAUGUUAUUGGAAAAACAUAUUUAAUCAGUACCUAGUAGAGUUGCCCAAAGAUAGUCAAAAAAGCAAAUAAGCUAAUUACGAAAUCCUUCAUGAAUUUCAUUGUGAAUAUUAAGGUGUUGAAACAUGAUACAAUGCAGAAUUAUACACCUAAUUUACAAAAGUCUUUUCUAGAAAUAUUUUUGAUCCCAUUGUUUUAGAAAUGUGCUGCUAGUAUCAGGAAAAUCAUUAUUUAAAGUCUUCAAAACUCACCUCUUUUCUCCUUACUCAAAUAGUCACAAAUACUGGAACACCACAGAAAUGUCACUUGUGGCCACAUUUUUUUUUUCUUGAUUGUUACCAUUGCAAAAUACAUAUUUUUUUUCUAAAACAUUCACACAUAACAAAUGUGAAAUUUCUAGUAUGUAGCAACUCAUUUUUUCAUAACACACUAGUGCAGUGAACUAUUUUGGGUAACAGCCUCAUGUUGAGGGGGAACAUUCUCUGUUUAACUUCUGUUCUGGAAUUCAGGAUUGUCUUUCCAGUUGUGCUGCUUUGUCACAUACAAUAUUCAACACAUAACGGCAAAAAGUAUUUGAGCACUUGUGCCAAACAUACUGAACAAAUGUAUGAUGAAGUAUAUUAUUACAAAAAGUAUAAUUUACUUUAUAGAAAAAUAACAUUUGCCAAAUAUAAUUAUUUUAGGUUUGAAAUGAUGAAACAAAAGAAACUAAAAAAAUUUAAAAAAUGAAAAGAAAAAAAUAAUUUACCACUUCAAAUCAAAAGAUUUAAGAUUGUGAGAAACAAAUUCAGUCAUACUACUUUUUUCUCAUCUUGACUUUGGUAAGUAUGAACUGCACAGAGUAACAGAUGAUGUAUGUGUGAAAAAGCAGCACUUCACCUCGGGGUUCAGUUGAUAUAUCUCUCUUCUGGGAAUGUUGGCUCUCAACAUUCCAUUACUUGCCCUCAGCUUAGUUCCUCUCUGCAUUGCUGGUGCCAUAGCAACUGCCACUUUGGCAAGCCCAUUCACCUGUAAGUAUGCACCUGUGUGUGGGGAGGGGGGGUGAGUGUGUGUGAGCGUGUGGAUGUCAGCAUGGCAAGCAUCAUUGAAGUGUUUUUAAAUUUGUGACUCGACUCACAUGAAAUUUGUUUACUGAAGAUAUCCAAAUAUUAUAUUGUAUGCUAUUCAUAUCUAAAUAUUAUGUGCACUAUGUUUGCAUGUACAGUUUUACAAGAGAUUCACCAGGUCUUUUGUUAUUGUUAGUGUUUUGAGUAUAAAAUAAAAAAUAACAGGAAAAUAACUGUACAAAUGGCCUUAAUCUCUCACUGAAUUCUUGGAAUUGUGUGAUGCCUUCAGAUGAAUUGUUAUAUUUUGUGUCAGUGUACAAUUGCUUUCUAGUGUAUAUUUUCUUUGCACAACUCAUGUAUGAAAAAAAUUAUAUUGUAAUUUUUGGAAUCAGUGAUUAAUCAGAGAAAGCAUGAGUGAAAUUCUGAUUGUCUAGUAAAUCCAUAUGAUGAAAUUAUUAUUUAUGUAUCAAGUACAUAUUUUGGAAUAAACAUUCUUAAUAUAAUA